AUGGCAGCCGCUUCCACAACUACAGAGGUUUGAAUUCAGAUACAUUUUAGAUGAAAAAUAAUUUUAUUGAAGAAGCGGAAAAAGCCUGGCGUUUUUCUGUCGCUGUCUGCUGGUGCAAUAGCCGGCGCUGUGGCCAAAACAACGAUCGCGCCUUUAGAUCGAACAAAAAUUUAUUUUCAAGGUAAACAAAAAAUGAAGAAAAUGAACAUGCUAAAGUUAAAAUUUUUCAGUGUCGAACACUAGAGGUUACUCGUUCAAGUCGGCGCUAAAAUUCAUCAAAUUGACGUUCAAAGAAAGCGGAUUUUUCGCCUUGUAUCGAGGCAACUCGGCGACAAUGGCUCGAGUAAUUCCCUACGCCGCGAUUCAAUUCACGGCUUUCGAACAGUACAAGCAUCUGCUUCAGGUUGAUGAGAAUGGGUUUUCAAAAACUUAAAGAAAAGAAAAAUUUUCUGUUUUUAGUGUAAAAACGCCGGUAAAAAGGUACAUAGUUGGAUCUUUGGCCGCGACAACGGCAACUUGUAUAACUUAUCCUUUGGACACAGCUAAAGCGAGACUUUCCGUCUCAACUACAAUGCAGUACAAGACGUUGAGAUCGGUUCGUUUCGUAUAAAACGCCUUUUUGGGUUUUUAAAGGCGCUUGGGCCGGAAAAAAACUGCGGAAGGAAGAUACUUUUUUUUUCUUUUGGUGUUCACAGUUAAAAAUCCUUCUUCGCCUUUGAAUCUACUUUCAAGGUUUUUAAAGUGAUGUAGUCUAUUCAAAACAAUUUCUAGGGAGUUAAGAGACCUUGCCUCAGUAUCCGACGUUGACAACUGUUUUUUGAACUAGGUAUUUUUUGAAUUUUGAUUGAGCCCGAGAAAAAGUUAAGAGCCCGGGAAAUUUUCACUAUUUUUCUGGGCGUUCAAGCACCUCCUUAAGCGUUCGAUAUGGUGAAGAAAAUCUAUAUGAAAACAUGUACAGCAUUUUUCAGGUUUUCGUAAAAACAUACCGGGAAGGGGGCCUCUCAGCGUUGUACCGCGGUAUUUACCCAACUAUUUUAGGUUUCCUCUAACAUUUUUCUUAUCAGGAACUUUAUUUUGCAUUUUCAGGCGUAAUCCCGUACGCAGGAACCUCGUUCUUCACCUACGAGACGUUGAAAAUCAUUUAUCAUGAGGAAACUGGUCAUCAGGUCAAUAUAGUUCAUUGGAAAAUCAGACACAGUGUUUAAAAAUCAUUUAGACACCCAAAAACUAUGAAAACCGCUUAGAGAAAUAUUGAAGCUAAAAAAAGCUUGAAAUUGAUUUUCAAAACUUAUGGACCAAUAAAUUUUUUCGAUGAAACAGAAUGGAAAACUUUUUCCUUUCUUUCAACAGUUUUCUAUGGAAAAAUUCGAUCUACUUUUUAAAUGUUGAGUUUGAAAAAAGGCUAAAGAACUGUAUGAAUGAUUUCCUUUGUUCAGGUAACAUCGCCGUGGCGGAUGCUUUUCGGAAUGAUCGCCGGUUUGGCCGGCCAAUCCUCGUCUUAUCCGCUAGAUAUUGUCCGGAGACGGAUGCAAACCGGCAGAGUUCCUGCCGGAUGGGGUCCUCUUCGGACUAUUGUCCAUAUUUAUCAUACAGGUAGGAUAGUGCUCAAGUUUCCAAGGAAAGUCAGCGAAAAACUCGGUAAUAAAAAAAAAUAAAAGAGGAAAGACGCAACUGCGCGCCGCGGGCAAGACAUUUCUUUAAAAACAAUUUUUAAACCCAUCCAAAUUUUGGUCAUUUUUUAAAGGUUUAAUGGUUUUCUAAAUGAACUUUCGUUAUUAUUCAGUUUCUCCAAGUUAAAUAUUGAAUUUACAGAAGGAUUGAAGCGAGGGGCUCUACAAAGGCCUCAGUAUGAACUGGUUAAAAGGGCCGGUCGCCGUCGGAGUUUCUUUCACCACUUACGAAAAGGUGAUUUCAUAUCCAAAAAUGUAGGAAAAGUAAUAUUUUUCAUUUUUUUUUUCAAAGAUUUUUCAACGUAUAAACUUGUGAGGUUUUCGAAAAUGGUGUCAAAAAUUAACAUUUUUCUUUAGUUUUUGGAGAAGUCAUAGUGGAAAAGUACCUUUUUCAGAAGUUUAGAAGGGUGCUUCCGAAUAAUUUCAGCAUCUUUAUCUAUAAUAUUUUUUUAAAAAUUAAAUUUUCAACUUUUCAGGUGACGGAACUGGCGCGAGCUUGUCAUCUUUAUUAGAAUUUCCUUCCCAAGAAAAAAAGUUUCUAAAAAUUUCAUUAUAG